ACCAGAAUGGCUGCAUGCAGAAAGUCCAUCAUUUUUGUCUUUUUCAUACAACAGUUUCUCCUGUUACAUGGAGCCAAGAUUCUCACUAUGUGCUUUAUGGGUGGAAGUCAUUACCUCCUGAUGGAUGAGGUUUCUCGCAUCCUGCACAGAAAUGGCCAUGAAGUGAGAAUGUUCCUUCAAAUGGGAGAAGGACUACUACCAGAUGAACAGCAGCAGUCAAGCCCAUAUCCAAUCACUACUUGGUCUCUGGAUGAGGACUAUCUUAAACAAUUAAAUGAUUUUCACAAGAAACAUAUACAAGAAUUCUUCGCGGGCAGGAGUGGGAUCCAGAAUUACUUAAAAUUUAUGGAACAGUUAUCGUAUCAGUGCAAACUCUCACUAAACCAGUUGAAUAUUAUGAAAUCACUAAGGGAUGAAAAGUUUGAUAUUGCUUUAAUAGAUGCAUUCAAUCCAUGUACAUUUCUUAUCUCAGAGAAGUUAGGACUACCGUACAUUGCUUUUUUCCCUGGAAUUUUUGCCAAUGCUCCACAAGUUGGAUUGCCAACUCCAUUGUCCUUCGUUCCUUUAUAUCAGUCUCAACUCAGUGACCGCAUGGACUUCUUUCAACGUAUUAAGAAUAUUUUCAUGUUUCUUGGUUCUCAUGUGGUUCACAAAAAAAUUGAAGCAAUAUUUGAGGAUGUCAUUAAUGAACAUUUUCCUGUUGGAUCCAGGCCGGUUAUUUCUGAUCUAUACUUGAAAGCUGAGCUAUGGUUUUACAAUGUGGAUUUUACCAUUGAAUUUGCACGCCCGCUUCUGCCUCAUGUUCAUUACAUUGGUGGCUUGAUGGCAAAACCAGCAGAGCCAGUUUCACAGGAAUUGGAAGACUUUAUUUCCCAAUCUGGUGAAUCUGGCUUUAUUGUUGUGUCCAUGGGAUCAAUGUUAGAUUCAUGUCCGGUGGAGGAACUUUUAAAGGAAAUGAACAAAGGUUUUGCGCGAAUUCCUCAAAAAGUUAUUUGGAGAUAUAAAAAGUCACUGUGGCCCAAUGACUUGGAAAUUGCCCCAAAUGUUAAGCUCAUGGAGUGGAUUUCCCAGAACGAUCUUGUAGGGCAUCCUAAAGCACGUCUUCUGGUAACUCAUGGAGGAAUGAAUAGUUUGAUGGAAGCUAUAUAUCAUGGUGUUCCGGUGUUGGGAAUUCCUCUUUUUGGAGAUCAGUCUGAUAAUAUGGUUCGAGUAAAGGCCAAACAGAUGGGAACUUUUAUUCCAGUUAUUGAAAUUAAGGCAGAACAUUUGGCAAACACUAUCAGACAUAUAAUAGAAAACCCAAGCUACAAGUCCUCAGCAAUGAAGCUCAGUGUGAUCCGCAAGUCUCAACCAUUUCCCCCAGACCAGAAAUUAGUGCGUUGGGUGGAGCACAUCAUCCAGUCUGGAGGAGGCAGUCACCUACACCCCUAUUCUUUCCAACAGCCGUGGUACCAGCAAUUUCUGUUGGACGUCAUCUUAUUUAUUACCAUCUGUUUUGUUCUUUUCAUAUACAUUGCUGUAAAAAUAAUCAAAUUUAUCAUAGGAAAACUGUGUUCUACUGGGAAACAAAAACAAAGCUAACAUUUGUAAAAACAAUUAUAUUGUUCACUCAUUAAGUUAACACCAUUUAAUGG